AUCGACCUCGCCGGCACGAUGUGGCACAGCGUCCACCACAGCGCCACCAUGUGCCCGUGGGUGGUGCUCUUCUACAACGACGGGUGUGGGCACUGCAGAUCCACGGCACGCAAAAAGAACAGCUUUGCCACACGAAUGGAGGACUGCUAUGAGGAGGAAGACCCGUUGCGAAUGGCCACUGUGGCCGCUAUAAACUGUGCUGUUGAAAUAAGUACAUGUCGUGAUAAUAGAAUCCUUACAGUGCCUAAACUUGUUCUGUUUGUUCCACCUAACUGUAGUAAUAAGGCUGGUGUGGUUUGUGAUGCUGAUAUGAUGCAGUUUAUUCCUUUGGAUCAUAGUAAUGAUGGUUUUUCAAGACUUCGUCAAGAGACUCGUCGCUUGAUUAAACAAACUAUGCAUUUUGAUGGUGCUUCUAUUGAGCGGUGUGUUCAAAUGCGUCAUGCACUUUAUGAUGCGAAAAGUGAUUGGAUUAAACGUGGUUCUUCCUCUUUAUCUCAGUUUGUUGAAACAACUAAGUUAUAUCCUACAGAUAUUGCGGGUGCUUUUUUUUCUACGUUAUUAAAUGAAGUACCUCUUGUGGGUCUUAACCCACCGGAUCGGCUACAAGCACUCAAAGAUUUUCUUCGUCUUGUUGAACAUGCACUCCCUGGUCUUGAGGCUGCUUCUGUACUUGAUGUUGUGCGAAAUUUUGAGAGUGGUGAAGAGUUUUCUGUUCCACGUUGGCAGAGUGCUGUGAUUGCUGCACAUAUUCCUUUUGAGGGGAAACCCCGUGCGGUGCAGUGGCGCACGUGUAGCGGUUCAUCUUCAGAGUAUCGUGGAUUUCCUUGCGCCAUGUGGCUUCUUUACCAUUCCCUUACAGCUAACGCUGACAAGGAGGCUAAUCCACUUGAGAUAAUACAAAAUUAUGUGCGUUAUUUCUUUUCAUGUGAGCAUUGUCGAGAACAUUUUUUACAAUUUGAUUUCAAACUUGAUGAUGAUCCUCUCUUACAAUUAUGGCGUGCCCACAAUAAUGUAAACGCUCGGUUGGCAAUAGAAAAUACCAGCAAUGACCCAUUAGUUCCAAAACAGCAAUUUCCUACUCGAACAAUGUGCCCUGAGUGCUACAAUUCUUUGGGUACCUUUGAUGAACAAGCGGUGGUCAAGUUUCUUCAGAGAAGAUAUGAAUGGGAUCCUGAUGCCGUCUCCUGGAAAAUUGGUGAUGGUGGUGGUGGUGGUGGAGUUGAUGCUGGCGAGUCGCCUAAUAUUAUAUCUAAGGGAACAUUAGUUCCCCCAACUGAUGUUCAUAAGGAAAAUGAGGAAGUUGUGCGUCGUGAUCCGAUUCCAAUUCAUGUUUUUCUGACUGGUUUUGUGAUUGUCACGGCCGUGGGUGCUGGAAUUCUCCGUAUUCGCGGAAAGUAUAUAUCAUCUCACACUAGCCAUCGGCAUCGUAUGAGAGUGUGA